AUGUUUAGCACUAGCUUCGAAGAGUUCUGCGACUUCAACGACAGCAUUUGCAGCAAUGACUCCGGGUUUGAAAGAUCGUACACAGACUCCUUAGCCACGCCAACUAUAAACACACCGAAAUCCGAUACAAUAGACCACGGUAUUUCUCUCACACCGACGAAAGAUAAUCCAGUAAGACGAAAACUUUUCACAGAUGACUUCGCAUACCCAUUUCCGAAUUCUGUUGGAGACAUCAAAACAUUUGAAGAUUUUCAACCAAUUACAUCUACACCUAUUAAAGGAAAAGAUAAGAAAUUAAAGGAUCCCAAUAAACCAAAGAGAAAAUAUGCUAAUGGGAAGAAUAGAGUGACGAGAUCGAAAAGUCCUACUCAGAUCAUGAAGAUUAAAAGAAAUAGAAGAAUCAAAGCGAAUGACAGAGAGAGAAAUCGAAUGCAUAUGUUAAAUGAAGCUUUAGAUAGGCUUAGGUGUGUCCUACCAACGUUUCCUGAAGAUACGAAAUUAACCAAAAUUGAGACUCUUCGUUUCGCUCACAACUACAUAUUUGCUUUAAGCCAAACUCUAGAAGCAUUAGACAAUAUAAAUUCGGGACAGACAAACAAUUAUAAUUUAAGCUGUGAAUUAACUGAAUCGAAACCAAAUAAGGACGCGUUCCGUGAGAUAUUCUUACUACCAGAUAAGACUGAAGAUAAAGGUGACGGUAGUUACAGAAACUUCCAAGGUUUUAGCAAACCGUUCCCCAACGGAUCUAACUUCUUUCAAACAUCAGAAGGAGUUCUGAUAAACGUUGGUAAUGUGACUGUAUCCGUUAAUAACAAAGGUGGGAAUUGUAUAACAUCUACUACUGGAAGUGGCUUCUUCACGAAUCCGUCGAGUUACGGAGAUGAUAUACUAACCCAGAACUGCUACAAUCCGCGACCACAAGAAUUCUACAACUGUUACAAUAACAAUCUCGACGUGGAUAGUACGAAGGAAUACUUCAAUGAGAAGAAUUACGCCAUGUUCAAAAAUGCUUUUGACGUGGCGGCAAAAAGUAAAUAUGAAAAUGAUCCAUACAAUAGUAAUUACGGAAAUUAUAAUAACCAAAUGUAUGGUUAUAACCAAAGGUUCGACUACGCUCAUGAGACUAGCUUUCCUCAAAAUCUUCACUACGAAGAACAACGAUACAGGCAUUAUUAUAGAAACCAAAGUGUUGUAAACGCGAAAAUAUGA